CAGGAAAUGAAGCAGUGACGUCAGUGACUUCCUGUCUGCUCCUCCUCCAGCUCAGCUGAUGGACACUCAGAAGGAAGCUCUGAGCAGGAUCAUUGGCACGUUGACCAAUAAGAAUGAAGAGCUCCAAAACUUCCUGGAAACACUUGACAACACACGGACAGGCCUGCAGGAAGAGUCACGUAAGGUGAUGUCAGAGCUGGAGACGGAGCUGGAAAAGUUAAGCUCUGCCCUGGAAGAGAGAGGGGCGUGGCUUCGCAGUGUCAUUGAAGAGGAGAAGCAGAGGAAAGAUGCGGAGCUUCAGAAGCAGCUCUCGGCGGGAACAUUCGCUCUGCAGUCGUGUGAAGAAUUACUCGAAUUUGCAAAUCAAACACUGACCAUCACCAGCGAAGAAGAAUUCCUUAAGGCUGCAAAACAAAUCAAAGAAAGGGUAACCAUGGCUCCAGCGUUCCGGCUGACAACUCGUCCAGCGGUAUCGGAGAACAUGUCACAGUUUACUGUGGACUUCAGCACAGAGAGGGCUGGACUUCAACGACUUCACUUCCUGCCUGUACCCAGAGCUCCAGAGAUCGAUGUCUCCAGCUGUGUCGUCCGUGACAACGCCAUCACGGUUGUCUGGCGACCAGCUGGUGAGGCUGAAGGCGAUGGUGAUGGCGUCAGUGGACGAAUUGAAUGCUAUGAAGUGGAAUACCAAAAAACAAACCGUGACAGCUCAUUGAGACCCACAGGAGAACCAUGCUGGGAAAAAGUCCAUGACAUCAGAGAGACGCAUGUCACUAUUGCAGGUCUGAAGUUUGACUCGCGGUUCGUUGUCGUUCGAGUUCGAGCAAGAAACAAAGCAGCUGCUGGCGAGUUUUCUGAGCCGGUUGCCAUGGAAACCAGAGCAUAUAACUUUGGCUUUGAUGUGGCGACGGCUCACGCUGAGCUGAAGGUUCAGGGUGACACUGUGACUUGGGAACCACAAGGGGUCAAAGGUCACGACCCUCGACUCAGAGGAAAAGAGAAUAAAAGCAGCAGUAGAAGUGCCACGCCUUCGCCCAGUAAGAUGGCUGGAGGUCGAGCAGGACGUGAACGUUUUGCUGGAGAGUCAUACACAGUGUUGGGUGACCAGGAGAUGACUGGUGGCUGUCACUACUGGGAGCUUUGCCCCCUCACAGAUUGGAAAUCGUUCAGUGUGGGUGUGGCCUACCGGGCCAGCCUUGGCCGUUUUGACCAAUUAGGGAAAAGUGCUGGAUCAUGGUGUCUCCACGCCAGUCAAUGGCUGCAGAGGUCACUUGCUGCAAAGCACAACAACCGAGCAAAGGCUCUUGAUUGGCCGCUGCCUCAGAGAAUUGGAAUUUACUGUAAUUAUGACAAUGGUGAUUUGUCCUUUGUUGAUGUGGGUCGUCUUUGUCUUCUUCACUCCUUCAAAACAAAGUUCAGCCAGCCGCUUGUUCCUGCUUUCACCGUUUGGUGUGGUGGAAUCGUCAUAACAACUGGCCUACAGGUGCCGAGCUUCAUGGGUAAUUUCCUGUCCACUAGUCGGAGCCUCAGUAACCUGACGCAGUAGCUCAACCUCAUCCAAUCAUCUGUUUUCAUUUUGUUGUUAUUUGUUAUAACUUCUUUUUUGUAUAUAUUUUAUUCAUUAAUUUAAUAAUUAUUACAUUUUAAACAGAAAUUUGUCAUGAAUUGAAAAUAUAAAAUAAAUGUUAUCAUAUUUAAUUAAAUGUACUCUAUUGAUUAUAGUUUAAGUUUGAGUGCUCUUAAUUUGAAGAUGCACUGAAGUUGUCUGUGAGCCAGUUCUUAUUUUGACAGAUUUUGUGUAAUAGGAAAAGAAAGUAGGGUUUGCAGAUGUCGAUUGUUGUGUGCAACAGUGUUUAACUUGAGCUCUUAUUUUACAAUAUAUUGUUUUUACUGAUGUGUGGAUUUGUGUGUGCAUGUUUGACAUCUGAUG